UUUUAAAUCAGUGUUCAUCACAACUUUCAGUUAAAUCUACUAGAUUACUAUCUCUACCUAGAUCUAGAGUCUACUAUCUGGAUCUACCGAUCAUACCGACUAGAUCUAGAUUUAGAUCUGUAUAUCUAGACUCAUAGUAAUAGAAACAUUAUAACAUAGAUCAGACUAGAGCAGUGGUUCCCAAACUUUUUUGUCUCGUAGACCCCUUGCCACGUUUUCUGAUUUUCGGUAGACCCCCUGCUUAACUUAUAUUGCAUUUUUGUACAUUCAUAAACUAAUUUUUAAAACUAAUUUCUAACUGCAGUGUACAAAUUAAUUAAUUUGCCUUAUGUACUAUUGUACAAGUUUUCGCAAAAAGUUUCUCGAGUAUUUCUUGAGCUUUCACAUUUGGCUCAAAUAUUGGUUCUGCGGAGCUGUUUUCACUAACAGGAGAAGAGGCAAAGACCCCUUGAAAGUCUUCGUAGACCCCUGGGGGUCUAUAUAGACCACUUUGGGAAUCACUGGACUAGAGUAUCAGUAGUCCUUGUCCUUGAUCAGACGAUCUCGUUCAAAGUUCAAUCAAAAUCAAGUCCUGGCUGAUGACUCAUUGACUGAUGUGAAGUGACAAUGAAGUCGAAGUGAUUCUGAAUCUGAUUCAUUUUCAAGUUCGAAGAUGCGAACUUAUCAGGAAGUCUCACACAUAGUUGUGCAGCUGCUCAGUUUGGAUGAAAUCAAUGAAUUCCUGCACAAUGUUUUUGAUGAGAUUAGUUUGGUCAAACAAAAAGGUGUACUGUGGGUUGAAGAAAAAGAAACAUCCACUUUCACUGAACUCAAAGAAUAUAUUACAGAUAAGACUUCAGAAAUUCUACAGCGCUGUAUUUCCGUGGCAAGUACUCUCAUUGAAAAGUUAGAUGAUACUGCCUCAGCUUCCAAUCAAGUUGAUCAAAAUGACAGAGAUGUAAAACCUGUAGUCUCUAACUUCUCAACUUUUGUCCCUAAAGAGAAUCAGAGAUUGGUAGGAAAAAUUAAUGAAAAUUGUAACACUUUGCAAGGUAAAAAAUUAGAGAAACUGCAGCAAAAAGUCAAAGAUCAACAACUAAUUAAUAAAAUGCUGGAAGAGAAAACAGAUACAUUUAUACAUAAUCAUGAAAAAGAAAACCAGUUAAAAUUGAAGGAAUUACAGGAAAACUUGGAUGAAAAGCUUGUCAAGUUUAAAGAAGAAAUCGUGACUGAACUGCACUCUGCUAGUAUCUUUAUGACACAGUUACAAACUGAAUGGAAGACUUUGUUGAAGGAGCAAAAAGAGAACAAUGAAGGGAACUUAUCUCAAGACAUAAAGGCAGAAGUCAAUGACAAAAUAGAAAAAUUGACACAAGAACAGAAAAACUUGAGUAACACUUUGGACGACAUUAUAGAGACUCACGAUCGUCUUGAAUUUGAAAAAGAACAAUUUAAAAAGGACCUGAGUGAUUAUAAGAAAAAAACAGAUGAUCUAGCCAAGAAUGUUGACAAUAUUGAUACUAUUGAAAAAGAGCUCAAAGAAAUAAAAGCCAGUCAGACACAAGUCUUAAGCGACUUAAAAAAUGCACAAAGAGAUAUUGUCAGAUUAAAUGAAAAUUCAGGUUAUCAUGAGCAACAAAUCCCAGAAAGAGAAGAAGUUGACCUACUUAAAUAUUUCAGGGACUGUACGAAGAAUCCAGGUCAUUCACAAUUGAUACCAGUUGAUUCUUUCAGUUAUACUCAUCUACCUGAAGGUUACAAUGACAGAGAUGUUUAUGACCCUUAUCAACACUACAGCCAGUCUGACAGUCAGAAUCAGCGUCACCAUGACCAGUCCACGCAGACCAGACGUGUCGCCAAAUACUAAGGUUCCAUAUUUUUCAUACAAUAUGAGAGGAAGUCAACAUUUAAGAAUAGGAAGUGGAAUAGUGACAGAAGUGAAACAAGCCAACUAUAACUCCUGUCCUUGUGACAAAUGUCAACAUUCAAACACACCAAGCAAAGAUUGGUGGAG